AUUUUGUUAGGACGUUGUGCCGGCAGGAGAGGCUAUUCCCUUCCAACGACCCGAAGACCCCGUCGCUGUCAAAGGAAUCGUCGCCCAUCGCCCAUUUGACUCGACACCGAUAUCUCUCACAAUGUCUUCCGGCAAGGUCAAGACGGGCCAAUUAUGGUCUAAGAACAAGGAGGAGCUCACCAAGCAACUGGCUGAGCUCAAGACGGAGCUGAGCCAGCUUCGCAUUCAGAAGAUCGUCUCCUCGGGCACCAAGCUUACCAAGAUCCACGAUAUCCGCAAAUCGAUUGCCCGUGUCCUGACCGUCAUCAACGCGAAGCAACGUGCCCAGCUCCGCCUCUUCUACAAGAACAAGAAGUACCUGCCUCUUGACCUCCGGGCCAAGCAGACCCGCGCCAUCCGCCGCCGCCUGUCCCCCGAGGAUGCCUCAAGGGUUCUGGAGAAGACCAAGAAGCGCCAAACGCACUUCCCCCAGCGGAAGUUCGCCGUCAAGGCUGCAUAGAGGCGUUUUCGUGGGUAAUGGGAUGGUUGUAUCUAGGGGCACUCCUGGCGCGGUUUAUAAAAACAUUUGGCACUCAACACAUUGCAUCAUCCCGGGAAUUCUGCUUCAGGGUUUGGGGUGUUAUACGAGGUCAAUGAUUUCUCGGUCCCGGCUUGGUAUCUAUACCACUGCCGAAUGAAAGCGCUGCGCUGAACACCCAGCCUCAGACCAGGCCCUCGUUGGUGAUCUACAUCCGGUGAUGAUUGCUGGGAUUGUGUGCCGGCAAUUGGGCCUCGACCGCGUCCAGUGAUGGAUCAGUGAACCCAGUCGCGAGCGGGUUCGUAGUUCACCUUAUACCCCGCCUGAGAUAUGAUACAGUUACCCAAAGCCAGGGCGUUCU